CAGAUUGGCGAUGCAUUAGUUAGGCGGAAUUAUUCAGAGUAUUUUACUGAGAUGGGACAUGCAGAGUUUCAUGGUUCUUUGGAGGGUCAAUUCCUCGUGGAAGCAAAAUCAUCGGUUGAAGAGUAGAGAUUCCUAGUUUGACGAUAUGCAUAUUGUGUUCCCACAUAUGUACUGCCUCGGUUUCAGUUGUUGCACCUUCCCUGGAACAAUUCGUCUCCUUAAUGCUGAUAAUCGAUGAACAAGUGCUGAGAUUCAGCAUUGAUUCUUUCCCCAUCUUCUUUCUUGAAAUUUCACCUUUUCUUUUUCUAAUGUUAUUGUGACUGGUGCGGGUCAUUAUGAUGAUGACAGCUUCUUUCUCAUUUUGCUUUGGUUCGUGGAGAAAAAGGCGAUGCUAGUGUUUCAGUUUCGCUUAUCAAGCUCUCGGCAGCUUGUGCCGGGCAUUUUUUCGUAAUGACGCACCAAAGUCGGUGUCAUUUGUCAUUAUCCUCGCAAGGUUUCUUCUCAGAAGCCACAACGACAUCACAUAUAAACCGAAAGCUGCAAUAUCAAUAGCCCUCAACUUUCACUGCAUUUUUAUCGGCAACAGUGGUCAUCUUCUCAGAAGCUUUUCAUUCCACUCCGUAAGACCUAACAUGGCUGCUAAUGAUGUGCCAUGCUGCGAGUCAAUGUUUUGGGUCUAUCUAGUGGUGUGCAUUUCUCUUGUGUGCUUCGCCGGCCUCAUGUCAGGCCUCACUCUUGGACUCAUGUCGCUUAGCUUGGUCGAUCUCGAGAUUCUUGCAAAAGCCGGUCGGCCUCAGGAUAGGAAAAAUGCGGAAAAAAUCCUUCCCUUGGUUAAGAAUCAGCAUUUACUCCUAUGCACACUUCUCAUAUGCAACUCCAUAGCUAUGGAGGCUUUGCCGAUCUUCCUCGAUGCGCUCCUUCCAGCGUGGGCCUCUAUAGUGAUCUCGGUCACACUCAUACUUGCUUUCGGUGAGAUUAUUCCACAAGCUGUUUGUUCUCGAUAUGGGCUAAGUGUUGGAGCGAAAUUGUCUUUUGUUGUCCGGUUGCUUGUAAUAGCCACUUUCCCUUUAGCUUACCCGAUCAGUAAGGCAUUGGAUUAUUUGCUCGGUAAAGGACACUCAGCACUUCUAAGGCGGGCAGAGCUGAAAAUGUUUGUUGAUAUGCACGGGAAUAAGGCUGGGAAAGGCGGAGAAUUGACGCACGAUGAAACAACCAUCAUUGCUGGAGCUUUGGAUAUGACUCAGAAGACUGCUAAAGAUGCCAUGACGCCGAUAUCAGACAUAUAUUGUCUCGACAUAAACUCUAAACUCGACGACAAAACAUUGGAGCUGAUAAUUAGGAAGGGGCAUAGCCGUGUACCCAUUUACUCGGGGAGCCCAACAAACAUAAUCGGCCUAAUUUUGGUGAAAAACUUGAUCAAGUGCAACCCAGAAGAUGAAACCCCUGUCAAAGAUGUCACCAUUAGGAAAAUUCCUAGGGUUCAGGAUUGUUUGCCUCUAUAUGAUAUAUUAAACCAAUUCCAAAAGGGUCAUAGCCACAUGGCUGUGGUUGUAAAAUGCAGAAAGGGCUUAAAUGACAUUGGAGAAAAUGCAAAACCCACCACAAUCACUAUAAAUGUGGAUUCAGAUUCAAAACAACAAGGUAACAUAAGAGAUAACGAAAUGGAAAGCCCAUAUCAGAAGAGCAUGACUGAGCUGCACAAAAAAUCAUACCCCCAGUCGAAAAAACUGAAGCAAGGAGAGGCCAAUAUCUUAAAAGAAGAUUGGGAAUCUAUCCCGAGUACAGAGGAUGAAGUCGUCGGCAUCAUCACAUUGGAGGAUGUCAUUGAGGAACUUUUACAGGAAGAAAUACUGGACGAGACAGAUGAGUAUGUCGAUGUUCAUAACAAAAUUAGCAUCUGCAUGGUACCUUCAAGAACAUCAUUAUCUCGAUCGCCCGGAGCAGCAUCAGCAUCCCAGAUAAACUGGCGGACGCCAAUCAUGUCUCCAAUUUCCUCAUAUCACCCUACGCCGGUUUCCUCAUGCAAUCAUACUCCUAUUUUGCGUUCGCCAAUCGCUGCAUGGAGUCAGUCGCCUUUCAUAAGGCCAACAUUGUGCAAUUCCCCUGGAGAUCCCAUUCCAAAAACUCCAUCGAGACAUUCAGGCCUCGUUCCCACUUCACCGUCCCAGGGUUCAAAAAAAUACGAGAAACUAAAGAAAUCAAGCGUCCCAUGAGUUGAUUCCCAAUUACAUCCUGUAUUGCUGAUCCACGGAAAGGAAGGAACACAGCGCGUGAAGCAAACAAGCAAAGCUCCGAUUUUCUUGUAUGCAGAAAGCAACUAGAAGAACGCUGUAUUAUAACAAAAUGCGGGACUUCCUUUUCCCAUAUGCUAUAUUUUGCUCGCUCA